AUGUGUGCAAGUACUAGAGGAAUGAUCUGCACAGGGCAUUGUAAAAAAGCUGGAAAAUGGUGGAGAUGGCUUGUUUACGAGCUUUGGAAGAAUGUUGUCUUUUCUAGCAUUGGACAAACUGCUGCCAAAAUUGGAGAUCAUCUACGGGUGAAGAUGCUCAACACAAAACUGCUAGCUAAACGACCAAAAUAUUGGGGUCUUGCUAAACAAGCCCGGUGUUUGUCAAAUAUGCCAUGGGAGUUUGUCUGA